AUGACUAAAGACAUAAUAAUGGAAUGGGAACUAGAACGUCUCUUUGAAAAAGCAGAUUCUGGAAUUUUUAAUUUUAUUGAUGAUCCCCACAAGGAAAUGGAGCCUUUCGUUAAUCAGACGAAUAGAGAUGGAGUAACAUUAUUGUACUUGGCAUGUGCAAACGGAAGGGAAGAUGUUGUAAAAUACUUGUUGGAUGUAAAGGGAUUGGAUGUCAAUUUUAAAGAAGGAGCAGCAACUUCUGAACGUAAGCUUUAUACAGUAAGUUUGGACUUAAUUCAAUUUGCUGAAUAUUUGAAAGCUUAUUUAACAUGUUUAGGAGAGUGCUAUAUUGAUUAUGGUUACAGAUUCGAUAGCAGAUAUACUCGUGGUCAUGCAAUUGACAGAUCACCUCUUUUUAUUUCUAGUGAAAAGGGACAUGUGGAAAUUGUAAAACAAUUACUUUGCUCUAAUGCAAAUCCCUUCGAAGGUGAAACUCGAGACAACUACACCCUGUCAUGUUUAGGUGUUUCCAUAAUUAAUAAUCAGUGGGAACUAGCUUCAAUAAUUUUAGAUCACAUGAAGUUAAUGGAUUGUCAUACCGACGGAUGGAAUAAUCUCAUUUCUGACAUUCUAUUGACAUGUGGGAAAAGAAAUUUAUCAUUUUUGAAACAGUUAUUGGAAUCUAACAUUUUUUGCAUUGAUGAUAGUCUUCCCUUACAUUAUAGCAUUUUAAAGGAGGACAGUAUUAUGGCAAGCUUACUUGUAAAGUAUGGAGCUAAUAGAGAGUUGGAUGCUCACUCUGAGUCUCUUAAUGUUUAUCUUGUUUGUGCCAUGAGAAAUUUUGAUGGAUUGGAAGAAUUUCAAAUCCUUGAUUCGAUUUAUGAAACACCAACAGAACUUGCUGAAAGGUUAAAUGUUGACCUAUUUUUUUCGAUUAAGGAAGAAAGUGCUAUGAAGAGAAAACUACUGACCUCAUUGCCUAAUCUUAGCUAUUGUGAUGUUAUUGUGAGAUUAAGAGAAUAA